GAUUGAUGAAUUAACUAAAAAAAUAUCUCAUGCACAAAACGAAUUAGAAAAAUUACGAAAUGAAGAAAAUCGUUUACAGAAUAUGGCAUUGGAAAUUGAAAAUCUUUAUGAAAAUAUUAAUACCAUAUCUUAUUUGCGUACAAUUUCUAAUGAUCAUUGGGAUAAAUUAAAUAAAUUAACACAUGUUGUAAAACAAUUAAUACGUGAUUAUUUACAAUUGAAUACUGAAUCAAAUAUAUUUAAUCAAAAUAUCACAGAUCCAUAUAGAGAAUCAAAAGCAACGUUAUUUGGUGAUAUACAUCGUGUUCGACGUUAUUUUUAUUAUGUUACAAAACAUUUACAUUUAUUAUCAUAUUUAGAUCGUCGAACAGUUGAUCUAGCUAUAAGUGAAGUGCGUAAAUCGUAUGAUGAUGAUGGAAAUGCUUUAAUAAAUAUACAAAAUUAUCUUCGCACAUUUUGUUUACAAAAUAUUAUGGAUAAUGCCGAGACAAUAAAAAGAAAACAAUUAAAGGAAACAGUUCGCAAACAACAGCCUGUCUUGCAUGAUUGUGAAGAAACUUUUAAAUUACAUCAAGAACAUUAUCAACUUGUAACAAAAGAAGUAAAUCGUGAAUUAAGUAACGGUACUAAUACUCGCAAUAUAUUUAAAAAAAUUCGACGAUGGAUAAAAAGUCUUGAUGAUACAAAUAAUAAAAAAUCAAAAUAUCGUAAAGAAUGCGAAUCUCAAAAAGCUGCUGAAGAAUUACAAAUUAGUGAACAUAAAUUAAUUUUACGAAGAAAUAUUUAUUUAGAUUUAACAACAAAAAUUCAAAAUAAUCGUAGUCAAAUUGAAAAUUUGGAAAAAUUCUUAAACUUAAAUUUAGAGGAAGAACAUAAAAAAUUAAUUGUAAAAUAUGGUCGUGGUCUUUUACUUUAUGGACCCCCUGGUACAGGUAAAUCUGAAUUACUUAAACGUGUUGCUGUAUAUGCUGGAAUAACAAUGGUAACACAACCAUUAGCUGCUGGUGAACUUAAUCGUCCAUAUAUUGGUGAAACCGAAAAACUAUUAAUUGAUAUUAUGUGUCGUGCUAAUACUAUACCUUAUCUAAUAUGCGCUAUGACAAUUGAUGAAAUAGAUGGUUUAGUACCAAAACGUGAUAAUAAUGCACAACAAUCAAAAGUUGACGGUAUAAGUGUAUUAUUAUCUCAUAUUAUUAGAUGA